CCAUCCUCGCGCUCCUUCCCACACUCCUUCAAGCACUCACCAAGUAGCAACAAACCACCCAGUUGCAGCAUGUACCUCGGUCGCGCGUCUGCGUACAUGGCGCUCGCGUUCUGGAUCGCAUCGUCCGCCGCGUCGUCUGUCGUCCGCCUCAAUAGCGACACGUUCGAUGCAGUCACGCAGCUCCAAUCGCCCGAGACUGACUGGUUCAUUGCCUUUCACGCGCCAAACUGCCAGUACUACGAAGCGCUCGAGCCGACGCUCAGCGCUGUCGCCAAGGCUAUGCCCAAGCAGCUGCGCGUCGCCGCCGUCGACGGUCGUCAAAACUCCGAUCUGAAGGAUCGCUUCAACGUCCGGCGGACGCCAACCGUGUACUUCUUCCACAACGGCCGCAUGUACCCGUUUAAGGGGCCGCAGACCGUCGAGUACAUGACCGAGUACGCAAGCGGCGGCUUCCGCGAGAUUGACCGCGCGAAUCUCAACUUUAAACGUUACCUGCCAGUGCCGCCGCCCGUGCGACAACAGAACAUUGAUGACGUCAAUGCGACAUGGGCCACGGACAAGUCGCAGACGUCGUCGAAAAAUCACCUGGCAGCGGCUGGCAACAUGAAGAGCGAUUUGUAAAUAUGUGCAAUUUUGUCUAUCAGUUUCUGGACUAGUAUCAUUUGGGACAUUGCGGCUUCCAACACUUCGAGGUAGGUAGGGCC